AGAGAAUGCCAGAGAGAGAGAGAGAGAGCAGGGACUGGGACCCAGGGGGUGUGCCUCCAACCGAGAAUUGGGCAGGGAGGAGACUGGAGUCUGAGCUGGCUAUAAGUGAGAGGGAGGGAGUUACACAGGGUUCAAGCAGCAGGCUCGCUCUCUGACUGCUCUCGGUGUCUGUGUCUGACUGUGUGGGUGUCUGUGUGUGUGUGCGCGUCUCUCUGUGUGUGUCUCUCUGUGUGUGUCUCUCUGUGUGGGUGUGUGCGUCUGUCUGUGUGUCUCUCUCUGUGUGGGUGUCUGUGUGCCUGUCUGUCUGUGUGUCUCUGUGUGUCUCUCUCUCUGUGGGUGUGUGCGUCUGUCUGUGUGUCUCUCUGUGUGUCUCUCUGUGUGGGUGUCUGUGUGUUUGUCUGUCUGUGUGUCUCUCUGUCUGUGUCUCUGUGUGUGUGUGUGUGUCUGUGUGGGUGUGUGAGAGUCACUGGGAGAGGGCGGACGGCAGUCACUCUGCCUCAGGAGCUGACGAUGGGAGACCGGGACAGGAACAAGAAGAUUUUACUGGAGCUGCUGAAAGAGGGAGAGAACAGUCGCUGCGCGGACUGCGGGGCAGCAGACCCUGACUGGGCGUCUUACACAAUUGGAGUGUUCAUCUGCUUGAACUGUUCAGGGAUACAUCGGAACCUCUCAGGAAUCAGCAGAGUCAAAUCUAUCCGGCUGGAUUUCUGGGAUGAUGAUUUAGUUGAGCACAUGAGAAGCCAUGGUAACUGGAUGGCGAGGAAACACUAUGAAGCAAAUGUUCCUCUUUUCUACUACAAGCCUCAGGCUUCAGAUUGUGUAGUUCUGAAGGAGCAGUGGAUUCGAGCCAAAUAUGAGCGGGAGGAGUUCAUUGACGUUGUCACUGAGCACCAGGAAUCCCCCAUAUCAGGUGGCCGUGUCGGUUAUCUCUGGAAACGGGGAAAGGACAAAGGAAAUUUUCAGAAGCGGAGUUUCAGGCUUUUGGAGAAAGAGGGUGUUAUCCAAUACUACGCUAAGGAGGAGAAUAAAGAGCCAAAAGGAGUCAUUCACGUGUCAGAGCUUAAUGCCACAUUCCAGCCAGAAAAAAUUGGCAAUCCAAAUGGGCUGCAAAUCACCUACCUGAAAGAUGGGCGUACCAGGAGUAUGUUUGUCUACCACAAAAACGGCAAGGACAUUGUGGAUUGGUUCAAUGCAAUCAGGGCAGCCCGUUUCAGAUAUCUGAAAAAUGCUUUCCCUACAACCAGUGACACAGAGCUCAUACCAAAAUUGACGAGAAAUUAUUUAAAGGAGGGAUAUAUGGAGAAAACUGGCCCCACGCAAAAGGAACCUUUUAAGAGAAGAUGGUUCACAUUGGAUAUUCAGGAUCGUAAACUGCUGUACUUUAAGGAACCGCUGGAUGCCUAUGCACAAGGCGAGGUGUUCAUUGGGCAUUCAGAGUAUGGGUAUAAUAUUCUGGAGGGCGUGCCACCCGGUGUGAAAGGCAAUAAAUGGAACUUGGGGAUAACGAUUGAGACGCCGGAGCGGAAGUUUGUAUUUACCUGCAAAGAUGCCCAGGAUCUCCAGGAAUGGAUUGUAGCUUUCAAAGAAGUGAUAUUCAAACCAAUGUGCCCCCAAGAUUACACAGUUGAGGCCUCUUUAAGACGGAAGCAGAGGUGAUGAUAACUCAAAACAAGUGGCGGCCAGACCCCAAACAGGGCAUUCCAUUCAGAAGAUAGUCUGCGAAUAGUAAGGGGGAGGCACUCUUCAUUUGGAUAAUCCCAAUUUGCUCUGAACAGACAUUGAACAAACAUGAACGCUGGUUAACACACAAUGUCUGUUACAUUCUUGGCUUUGAACACAGAUACUCAAGCCCACGGAGAGCUAUGACUCCUGUAUCAGUGUUCCAACUUGUCCAUCGGGCACUCUGCCAACAUCUGGUCCUACUGAAAGCACCCAGUUACUGAAAGUAACUGCAAUUCAGUUACUCAAGUAUCAAUAGUUGAUGAAGUGUUGUACCUAUAGCUGUACAUCUUGCAGACCAGGGACAGAAACAGCAAUAUUUCUGGAAGGCAUUUUUCUGUACCAAAAAAAUUGGAGUACAAAAAAAAACAGAAGUGAAAGCCCAAUGCCAUUAUUUCAGAGUCUGCUGACACUCCUGGUUUCGGACAAUACGGUUAUUUACUGCAUCAUAAACCCAUGUACCAGAAGCCAUAGAGGAGGAAACUGGGGAAUGAGAACAAUUCUUCACCACCUUCUAUUGUAUUGGGUGGGAAUCUUAGUGUGCUGCCUCUGAAUAGAUACAUGUUGGAAUUAUACAUCACUACAGUCAGAAGUUUCCAUGUGUAGUGUUUGCUUCUGAUGAAAAAUGGGCUACAUUGUACAUGAGUAAAAUGAUUCCUUCAGGAGCUUUCCACAAUAAUUGUGGCUCCCCACAGACAGACGAGGGGCCAUACUGCUAUUUGAAAUGAAAUUGGGGACCCACAGUCUGUAGGGCUCCAUCUCUGUAAAAUGUGAAACAUUUGUAAAACAGAAUUAUUCAUUCUGGUUACUCUUUGUUCUUUAUGAAUGUAAUAAAGAGAAUUCCAAACAAAAAAGGUGGAAAUAUCUUGAAGGAGCAUGGUAUUUACUUUAAUUCCAUGUUUUAUUUGGUUUUUGAUAAAAUCAGCAGUCUGGUACCGGUGUACAAUACAGGUCUGAGACUCUCAUUCAGCACCUAUUCUCAUCGCACGAAGAAAAGAUCUUCUGAAACCUGGUUGGAUAUUUGACAAAAGAUGGCCUUCACUCUUCCUGCUCUCUUUUAGAGGGAGGGGGGGUUCAACAGCUUAUGGUCAGGUGGUUCUUUCUCUUUCAGCAGCAAGAAAAAAAACUUGUCUUUUCUCACACUAG